UUUUCUCUUACAGAUACAGAUGACACUAGUUUGUUGGGAAAGAAAGAUGAUGGACUACAGUAUCGACCAGAUGUGAAAGAUGCUAGUGAUCAAAGGGAAGAUGUUUAUAUUGGAAACCACAUGCCUUGCCCUGAAAACCUCAAUGGUUACUGCAUCCAUGGAAAAUGUGAAUUCAUUUAUUCUACUCAGAAGGCUUCUUGUAGAUGUGAAUCUGGUUACACUGGACAGCACUGUGAAAAGACAGACUUUAGUAUUCUCUAUGUAGUGCCAAGUAGGCAAAAGCUCACUCAUGUUCUUAUUGCAGCGAUUAUUGGAGCGGUACAGAUUGCCAUUAUAGUAGCAAUUGUCAUGUGCAUAACCAGAAAAUGCCCUAAAAAUAAUAGAGGACGACGACAGAAGCAAAACCUAGGUCAUUUUACUUCAGAUACGUCAUCCAGAAUGGUUUGAACUGGUGACUUUUAUAUGUACACUGACCAUGUGAUGUACAUUUAUUAUGUCUUUUUUUAAAGAAUGGAAAUAUUUAUUUCAGAGGCCUUAUUUUUGGACAUUUUUAGUGUAGUACUGUUGGCCCGUAUUUAGAAUAUUCAGCUACAACAGUUUUGGACUGUGUAGUAGUCUUUGUUUUAUGUUUUUAAAUACAGAAAUUGAUUUCACAAAUUUGUACCACAUGGUAAUUCUAAGACUUGUUCUUUACCCAUGGAAUGUAAUAUUUUUGCAAAGAUGGACCACUUCACAAAUGGUUACAAAGUCAUACCCACUUCUUCCACAAUGACCACAGCAAAUGACCAAGCAUGAACUAAAGGUAAAGAUGUUUACAGAUUACUUUUCUUACAAAAAAAAAAAAAAUCUAGAAGACACUGUGUUUAGACAUUUCAAUGUUUUUGAGAUUUAUUAACUGAUUUUUUAGACACUGCCUAUCGCAUGAACUAUAAAGUUGUGUGUGUUAGAUGUAAAAUAUUUAUAAGAUGUAUGGACUGGAAUUUGAUCAUUUCUCUCUUUGAAAAAAUAAUUCUGAAUUAAUUUUUAAAAGUAUAUGGUAGCAAUGAUGAAAUGGAUCACUGAAAAGUAGACUUAGAUGUUGUGAAAAUAGUCUGUUCAACAAACAGAUUGGAAUAAAGCCUACUCUAUCAUUUAAACUACUUUAAUACACAUUCAUUUUUAAAGAGAGUAUUUGUUUUAACAUAAAUAAACCAAUGGUAUCAGUGUUUGUGAAUAAAAAAUGCAAAAAUGAUUGUUAACAAUUGGUGCUCUUUGUGUGAGCUUAAAAAUCAUCUCAGACCUCUCUCCAAAUUUGUUCUGUAGUAAUAGCUAUACUAAUAGAUUGUUGAUGUUUAAAGAUCUGAAGUGUGAAUAGAAUGUGUUCAGCUGUUUAACAUGUAGUUUAGGUAUUCAGAAGUAUGCAUGUAGAAUUUAAGAAUAUGUUCAAAAUAUUAAUUUUAAUAUUUGGUUUGGAAAAGCAUGUUAUAAUAUAAUGUUUUCACUAUA